UUAUCUAUAUAUCUUUUUUCCUUAUAAAUUUGUUUCCACGUAGGGAUUCAGCACAAUAUUCUUGUUCGUCUCAUCACAAGCCUUUCUCUACAGUGUAGUUUACGUUUCCAUGGCUCACCCUGCUGAUCUUUGUCAAAAGCUGAAAGUCAUAGAGCAAUGUCAAGUUUCUCCUCCACCAGGUUCGGUUCCUCCAACCUCUCUUCCACUAGCCUUCCUUGACCUUCCUUGGGUUUACUGUGACACAGUGCAAAGCAUUUUCUUCUUUGAGUUUCCUCACUCUUGUAACCACUUCUUGCAAACAGUGCUUCCAAAUCUCAAACACUCUCUUUCCCUCACUCUCCAACAAUUCUUCCCCUUCGUUGGAAACCUUGUGAUCCCUCCUAAACCUAACUUCCCUCACAUUCUCUACACCUCUGAAAACUCCAUCUCCUUCACGAUUGCAGAAUCCACUGCCGACUUUCCACAUCUCAUAGCUGACACCGCUAGAGAUGUUAAAGACUCGCACCCUUUUGUUCCUAUCUUACCUACCCCAACUACCAAAGAAGAUGGCACAUGGUUGCUUCCUCUUAUGGCCAUUCAACUCACCAUUUUCCCCGAGUAUGGCUUCAGCAUUUGCAUCAGUUUUAGACACGUUGUUGCUGACGCAAGAGCAUUCUUACAUUUCAUGAAGUUCUGGUCCUAUGUUUGUAGGACAAAACAUGACGUGGCAGCUACUCAAGAUUUGUUACCACUGCUCAACAGGGACAUCAUCAAAGACCCCAAAGGGCUUAAAUUCGUUUUCUCGGAGGAACUAUGGAAUUCUCCUAUAGAAAGCAUAAUAAAAACACCUCCAAAAGUUGUCGACAAAAACGAUGACAAAGUCCGUCACGCGUUUGUGUUGAGGCGUGACCAUGUUGCGAAGCUAAAGAAAUGGGUGUCGAUUGAAUGUAAAAGUACUUAUGGGUUAGAAUUAGAGUCAUUGCACAUAUCAACCUUUGUUGUGACAAGUGCUUUGAUGUGGGUUUGCAAGGUUCAAUCAGAAGAAGAGGUCAAUGCUAUCACUAUUGCAAAUAAUAAUAAUAAUGAUGAAAUCUACAGCUUGAAGUUUCUGGGAGAUUGCCGUAACCGUCCCGAAUUUUCGAUUCCUUCAACGUACUUUGGAAACUGCAUUGUCAUUCGCAUUGUGUCACUAAACAGGAGCAAGCUAAUGGGAGAAAAAGGAAUUGUUGAGGCAGCGAUUAGUAUUGGAAGGGCAGUUAGAGAUUUUCAGUUUGAUGCUAUGAAAGACGUUGAAAAUUUUAUGUCUCUCGGUAGAAGUGGAAGAAAAGUGAAACAUUCGUCUACAAUUGCAGGGUCGCCAAAGCUUGGAACAUAUGAGACUGAUUUUGGGUGGGGAAAGCCCAAGAAGUGUGAAAUACUUCACAUAGAAUAUUCAAGAACUAUCUCCCUUUCGGAUUCUAGGGAUGAAGAAGGUGGAGUGGAAGUUGGGCUAGCACUUGGAAGGGCUCAAAUGAGCAAAUUUUCUGCUAUAUUGGAAGAAUAUCUCAGAAAUAUUGCUAUAUAGUCGUGACUAACAUUCCCAUCUUCUUAAAAAUAAUUAUAAGAUGCUAAUAAUUGUUGUUGUAGGUCUCUGCAUUUUAGUAUUUAUUUUAGUCUUCAUCGUUUUUAUAAGUUGUUUGUGUCUUGUAUUAUUUUUGCAUUAUCAAUUCUGGAAGCUAUAAUUCAAUAUUUAUUCAAUGA